AAGCUUUCAUUCAGCUAACUUGAAGAAAUACCUUGCCGGUCAACCUUCAGGUAAAAAGAAUGAUUUUCCUGCAAAUAAUUGUUUUCUUUAUGGAGCUGAUAAGCACUGCGAGAACUCAGGAAAAUUGUGAAAGUGGUCCAUGCUAUCCAACUAUUGGAGAUCUCCUGGUAGGACGGAAAGAGCAACUUUCAGCUUCUUCAACUUGUGGACUGGAAGAACCUGAGCGAUACUGUAUAGUUAGUUACCUUGAGGAUGAUCAAAAAUGUUUUAAUUGCGAUUCCAGAUACCCGUAUGAUCCUUAUUCUUCUCCUUAUAGUCAUUUGAUUGAAAAUGUCAUUACAACAUUUGAUCCACACUGGAAAAAUAAGUGGUGGCAAUCAGAAAAUGGUCUUGACAGAGUUAGCAUUCGAUUAAACCUGGAAACACUAUUUCAGUUCAGCCAUCUCAUAAUAACCUUUAAGACAUUUCGACCAGCAGCCAUGUUGGUUGAACGAUCAAGAGACUUUGGGAAAACAUGGAAAGUUUUCAGAUACUUUGCUCAAGAUUGUGCAUCGGCCUUCCCUGCCAUUUACCUGGGAUAUGCUAAUAAAGUUGGUGAUGUUGUCUGUGACUCGAGAUAUUCUGAUAUAGAACCAUCCACAGAAGGAGAGGUGAUUUUAAAGGCACUUGAUCCAAAUCUUGUCAUUGAAAAUCCUUAUGAUCAAAACAUCCAAGAUAUCAUAACUAUAACUAACUUAAGAAUAAACUUUACAAAACUGCAUACUCUAGGAGAUACCAUAAGUAGACAAAAUGGACCAGAAGAAAAGUAUUAUUAUGCAAUUUAUGAAAUGGUUGUAAGAGGAAACUGCUUUUGCAAUGGCCAUGCUAGCCAGUGUGUCCCUGUGAACACCAUGGAUGGUAAUUUCUUCAAUGACCCUGCAAUGGUACAUGGAAAAUGUGUCUGUCAACAUAAUACGGAUGGUCUAAACUGCGAAAAAUGCAAAGAAUUUUAUAAUGAUGCCCCAUGGAGACCCGCAGUAGGAUCUAAUGAUCAUGCCUGCAGGCAGUGCAAUUGCAAUGGACAUUCAGAUAUUUGUCAUUUUGACAUGGCAUUAUAUUUGUUGAAUGGUGGUACCAGUGGAGGAGUAUGUGAAGACUGCCAGCAUAAUACUAGAGGAAAUCAAUGUGACCAAUGCAAACCAUACUUUUAUCAUGACCCUUUAAAGGAUGUUUCUGACCCCGACACUUGUAUACCUUGUGACUGUGACCCUGAAGGAACUAAAGAGAAUGGUCUAUGUGAGUGCCAUACAGAUGAAAGUCUUGGGACCAUUGCUGGAACAUGUUUGUGUAAGGAGAAUGUUGAAGGAUUCCGUUGUGAUCAGUGCAAGCAUGGCUUCUUUGGAUUACAUUCAUCUGAUCCAUUGGGAUGUCAAUACUGUAACUGCAACCCGUUUGGAAGUAUGCCAUUCUCUAUAUGUCAUCCAGUCACGGGAGAAUGCCAGUGUCAGAAAUUUGCCACUGGGCGCUAUUGUGAAGAAUGUCUUCCUGGUUCCUGGGGCCUUGGAAACAGUCUCUAUGCUUGCUCGGCAUGUAACUGUGACAUUGGAGGAGCAAUCAGUCAUUUGUGCUCUCAGGGAAGUGGUCAAUGUGAUUGCCGUCCUAACAUCAUUGGUCGUCAGUGUAAUCAGCCUGCACCUGGGUAUUAUUUUAUACCUUUGGAUUACUAUAUUUAUGAAGCUGAAAAUGCUCAACCUCUUGCAAGAUCUGCAUCCAUCGUUGAUCCAGCACCUCUACCAAAAUGCAGAGAUUAUUUUCUCCAACAAGGAAUAGAUUUCAGAUUUGAGAAUGGGAAAAUAAUUCUAAAGAAAAUGACAAAACGAAGUUUAAGAAGAAGACGUCAAGUGCAGGAAAUUGUUCCAUUUGGCACAAAUGGUUUUGUGGAACUGGUAUUACGGCAACCAACCCCAGGUAACCCUGUAACCUGGACAGGGCCUGGGUUUGCACGUGUCCAGAACGGGGCUGGGUUGAGAUUUACUGUUGACAACAUCCCGUUCUCAAUGGACUUUCUCAUUGCAAUUCGCUUUGAACCUGAGUCCUUGGAAAACUGGACAGCAAAAGUUGUGAUAAACCAACCCCAAGGUCCAUUGAGUGAUCGAUGCAAAAGUAGAAACUCUCUAAAUGAAAGUUAUACCUUACAUCUGGAUGCAACAACCAGGAUAGCUAUUCUUGAUACUUCAAUGUGUUUGGACCCGGAUAUGGAAUAUCUAAUUGAUGUUUAUUUCACUCAACUGUCAACUAUGGAUGCAAAAGAUAAGCAUUACAUAUUAAUAGAUUCGCUUGGACUGAUUCCCAAAAUUGAUUCAAUAAACAACCUAUGCAGCAUAGAAGAGUUAGAAGAAUAUAAUUAUUAUAACUGCAUUGAAAUCGCUUCUGAAGUUGGAACAGAAAUCCUUCCUGAUGUGUGUGAGAGGCUUAUUGUCAGCAUGUCGGCUCGCAUUCAUAACGGAGCUGUUAAAUGUGCAUGUAAUGUGGAUGGCUCAUUAAGUACUAGCUGCAAUAAAUUUGGAGGUCGAUGUUCCUGCAAACCUAAUGUUACAGGGCGCUGCUGUAACCGGUGCUCUGUUGGCAGCUAUGGAUUUGGUCCUGAUGGCUGCAAAGAGUGUGACUGUCAUACUAAAGGGUCUAUGAGUCAGUUGUGUGAUCAAGUCACUGGUCAAUGCGCUUGCCGCAGUGAGAUACAGGGCCGCCAUUGUGACAGCUGUCUGCCUGGGUAUUAUGGAUUUCCUAACUGCAGACCUUGUCAAUGUAACGGCAAUACAGAACUUUGUGAUGUGGCCACUGGAGCUUGCUUGAACUGCAGGGGAUUUACAAAUGGAACCAAAUGUGAACGGUGCCUUGAUAAUUACGUUGGAAACCCAGUUUUAGGGCAACCUUGUCGUCCAUGCAUGUGUCCAGGCUCCCCUACUAGCGAACAAUAUUUUGCACAUUCUUGUUACCAAGAUCCUGAUAGUCUGGAAAUAGUCUGCAACUGUCUUGAAGGUUAUACAGGAAAGAACUGCAAGCAAUGUCCUGUGGGAUAUUUUGGAAACGUGGAAAGUGGAGAUUUCUGUUUACCAUGUCAGUGCAAUAAUAACACUGAUAUUACAGACCCUGAAUCCUGUGAUAAACUCACAGGGGAAUGUUUAAAAUGUUUGCACAACACCUAUGGGGUAAAUUGUGAAUCCUGUUUGCCAGGCUUUUUUGGAUCUGCAAUUUUCAAGAACUGCACAAGUUGUGACUGUAACCCCCUAGGAACAAAUGCAGAGACCUGUUCAAUUUAUGAAGAAGUUGGAGAAUGUGUAUGUGACAAAACCACAGGCCAAUGUCCUUGCUUACCUAAUGUGAUUGGUAAAAAAUGUGACAAGUGUGCUGUAGGAUCUUGGAGUCUGACCGUAGGAAAAGGAUGUGAACUAUGUGACUGCAACAAAAACAAUUCCUAUGGGCAACAGUGCAACCAGUUUACAGGGCAAUGUCUAUGCAAACCUAAAUACAGAGGCCAAAAGUGUGAUCAAUGUGAGGAAAAUUAUUAUGGCAAUCCACUAAUACAAUGCACAUCUUGUAAGUGCAAUAUAGAGGGUUCCGAAAAAUCUCUCUGUGAUAAAGACACUGGUAUUUGUAACUGCAGAGCUGGAGUCACAGGAAGAUAUUGUGAUCAAUGUGCACCUAAAUAUCAGCAAAAUUACCCUAAGUGUACUCGCUGUCAUCAGUGCUUUGACCCCUGGGAUGCAGAAGUAACAUUGCUAUCUCAAGAUGUUCAUGGAUUGGUCAGACUGGCUGGUAAUAUUGGCCCCACCAGAAAAUCACUCGGUUGUGAUGUACACAUAGAAAUUCUUCAAGAUAAACUGUAUAAGAUAGAAAAAAUAUUCCGGAGUCCUAUGGUUUCCCCACAGAAAUACCUAAAGGUUAAGAACGUUUAUGAUACUAUAAGGCAAAAAUUCAGUAAAUUAAAAGUUAAAGAUCAUGGAGAAUUUAAUGAAAUUCCUAGAAUGAAUAAAGUACUUGUGAACAUGGAGAAAGAGAUUGACGAGUUAUUUAAAGAAGUUGAUCAAAUAAAGAAGAAAAAGACAAAAGAACGUGAAAUUUAUGCUAAAGAAUUUCAAGAGGCUCUUGACAAGAUUAGGAAUAACUAUAAAUUGAAUUCAACGCAUGCUGGAAAGUUGCGCAAUCCUACUUCCAUCACCCAAACAUCAAAGAAAACAAGGGAAAAAAUUCUAACAACUUUAUCCAACCUGGAUGCAAAAGACAAACUAAAUUUAAACAAAUUAAACAAGAUGAAAUCCCUGGAUAUAAGCAAAAUGAAUGAAAUGGUUUGUGGAACCGUUUGGAACUUUCCAUGUGAUAUUGCACCUUGUGGAGGAGCAUUAUGCAGAGACAAAUUUGGAAAACGAAAAUGUGGUGGAUUAAAUUGUAAUGGAGCUCUAUCUAUAGCCAAAGAUGCACUGAAAAAAGCCAAAGAAACAGGUGUCAAGUUCGCCAAUGUUUCGAUUCAUCUCCUUGAUGCAGAGAAACAGAUAGAGAACAUCAGGCAACUGGCAGAAGACACAAAGCUAAAAGCUUCAAGACUGAAUAAAACAUUAAGCAAAGCAAUGAUACGGAUGGAAACUGAUAGAAAUCGUUCCAAAGAACUAAUCAAAAGUGUUAAAGAUUUUCUAUUAGAUAGCAUACCAUUACACCUUUGCCCAAAAAGCGGAAAGAAUCCUAAAAAUCCACAGACUGUAGAACCUUUAAUAUCAGCUGAGGAAAUUGAGAAAGUAGUAAAUGAAGUACUCGCAACUAAACUUCCUACAGCCCCGUAUGAUUUAAUCAGUAUUCUUAACAAGAUGAAGAAUUAUUGUGACGAUUAUAAAAAAAAUAAGAACAACUUAAAAAAGCAACUAGAAGAAGUAAGAAAACUAACGCUGAAGGCUAAAGAAGCCAAAAAAGCAACUGAAAAUCUUCCAAAUGGAGAUGACAUAAGAAAUAAUUUGAAGACAGCUAAAACCUCCCAGGAUAAAGUCACUGCAAUUCUCAAAAGUGUAACUAAAGGCAUCCUAGAUAUCCGGAAAAAGAUCACUGAGGCUAAAACCAAUGCUGAUAAAAUGGAUGACAAGUUCAAAGCCAUUAAAAAUCUCCAUUCUAAACUUGAGACAAAGAUUGCAGAACUGCAGGAUAAAAUGCUGAAUAAUAGAAAUCAAGCUGCAAAAGCACAAAAAGGAGCAAAUGACGCACUGAAACAAGCUAAAGAAAGUGAAAGUAGUCUUGAUGAUCUCAAAGAGAAAUAUGAACUUCUUAAAGAAAAACUAAAGAAGAAAGAAAUUCCCUCGGAUAUAUUGGAAAGAGUUGAACGCCUCAAAAAAGAAGCUGAAAAUAUGGCCAAGGAAAUUCAAGAAAAAUUUAAACGUAUAUCAGAUUUGGAAGAGAAGAUUGAUGAUCUAAAUCAAGCAAAUCUAGACAAGGCAAAUGAAUUAAAAGAACUUGAAGAAGAGGCAAUAGCAAUAAGAGAUGACAUUUUCACUGAAGAAUCUAGGCAUGCUAAUUGUAAAUCCUAAUACUAUAUUACUUAAAUUGUCGAAAAUAAUACACUCUGCAGAGUAUUGGUACUAAAAUUGUGUUAUCAUAAUCACAGUAUUCCUCUCAUUGAUAACCGUUAUUAUACUGUGAUGCUUGAAGGGUUUGUGUGCAGGGAAGACUACAGAGGACCUUUACAACUGAAUCACUUUUGAGAAAGGCGAGCAAGCCGAAACACGUUAAGUGCAGAGUUUGGUGCUUUUUUCACCUACAUCAGGCAUCCUGGAUUUUAUUUGGUGUUGCACCCAAGAAACAUAAGCCGUGAAGCCAGUAUCCGGGUCCUUACUAAGUGUCCACCUGUCUUUUCCAUGUUGGCGCCUUUAGUCUGAGCCAGCUUUUGGAGUGGCUCAGAACCAUGUGAGUGGGUCCAUACAUUUUAUUUACGUAGAGUCAGUUUUAACUAUAUUACCCUAUGUGUUUGUUUUAUUUUAUUUAUAGAUUCCACCACUGUAUGUACAGAUUGUGGUAAUAUUUUACUUUAUUGUGUGCUCUCACCAUCAUUUAUUGUAUUUUUCACUGUUUGAAUAUUGUUGAGCUACAUGGGAUUUGCUUCUAUUUUCUUUUAUUCUAAUCAGUUGUCAUUGAUAUGACUUAUCAGUUUUAAAUAUCCUGUUAUACUUACCCUAAUGAUGUACUGGAUUGACUUUUCAUUGAUUUAUGAUC